UACAGAUGAUGAAACUAAGGCACACAAAGGUUAAAUAAAUUGCCUAAGUAACUGAGCCAGGAGUGACUAGCUAAUGAGUGAAUGAGACAGGACUUAAAAUCUCAGACAAUCUAGCUCUUGAUUGUGCUCCCUAACCACUGCACUUCCCUGCCCCUUACGAGGCCCGUUAGAGAGUGGCCAAAGAAGCCUCUGAGAGGGCCAGAGUGAGUGCUGAGGCCAUCUAUUGGCCUCCUUGGUUUUGUGAAGUAGAGAGAACAUGGAAUGGUCAGAAGCUUCUGCUUCCUUGGUUACCAGAUCUGGGCCUGGAUCAAGCCACUUCAAUUCAUUGAGCCUCUGUGAAGAGAAAAUAGAAAUUCUGCUUGUCUGCAUCUCUAGUGUGGGAGAAGGAUAAAACGAUUAUUGAGACGUGCUCUGUAAACGUUGCCCAUUACUAUCCACAUGUCUAAAUGAUGAGGCGAGGAAGGAAAGAAGCCAUCCCCAAAGGAGAGCAAUUUAAGUAAGGGGAGAUUUGAGAAGAUUGAGAACUGUUAAAUGUGGGAGGAGGAACUAACAAUUUGCAGAACCAGAAACCAAAGCAAAACUGAAUCGUACAAAUGACAUCAAAAAGGGAUAAGGCAGAUAUAUUUAAGUGAGCCAGUUUUAAAGAAGCGAAGCCUCUGGUAUGUCAGAACCACGCUGUCUUCCAUGGGAGUUCCUUUGUGAAGAGCAUCCAUUUAAAAGACUUUUAUGAAUACAUGGUUUCAAUCAAGUCCCCAAAGAACACAUUUAUCUUCUGAACUGCUGGCAGUUUUAAGAAGCAGAUGUCUUAGUAGAGUUGCCUUUACCAAGCCUAGCAGAAAGCCUAGUAAUACACAAAAUCUGAUGACCUCCGAGGGGACCCUGCACUCAGCCAUCAAAGUGCUCCUGCCCCGCUGGACGCUCAUAAUUCAAUGGUAGAUGCAGGUGGAGGUGAGAACAUCACCCAGCUUCCCCAGGAGCUUCCUCAGAUGAUGGCUGCAGCAGCUGAUGGUUUGGGGAGUAUAGCAAUAGACACGACCCAGCUCAACAUGUCUGUGACAGAUCCCACAGCCUGGGCUACAGCCAUGAAUAACCUGGGCAUGGUUCCCGUGGGGUUGCCUGGACAGCAGCUCGUGUCUGACUCAAUCUGUGUCCCAGGCUUUGAUCCAAGCCUCAACAUGAUGACUGGAAUCACCCCCAUUAACCCAAUGAUCCCAGGCCUUGGACUGGUACCUCCCCCACCACCAACAGAAGUGGCUGUUGUCAAAGAAAUAAUCCACUGCAAAAGCUGUACUCUUUUUCCUCAAAAUCCAAAUCUUCCACCUCCUUCCACAAGAGAACGACCUCCUGGGUGUAAGACUGUGUUUGUCGGAGGAUUACCAGAAAAUGCUACCGAGGAAAUUAUUCAAGAAGUCUUUGAGCAGUGCGGUGAUAUUACAGCAAUUCGGAAAAGCAAGAAGAAUUUUUGUCACAUUCGCUUUGCAGAGGAAUUCAUGGUUGAUAAAGCCAUUUACCUUUCUGGUUACAGGAUGCGAUUAGGGUCUAGCACCGACAAAAAGGAUUCAGGCCGCCUUCAUGUGGACUUUGCCCAGGCCAGGGAUGACUUCUAUGAGUGGGAAUGCAAGCAGAGGAUGCGUGCCCGGGAGGAGCGGCACCGGCGCAAGCUGGAGGAGGACCGGCUCCGGCCCCCAUCCCCGCCCGCCAUAAUGCACUACUCAGAGCACGAAGCCGCUCUGCUAGCUGAAAAGCUGAAAGAUGAUAGCAAGUUUUCAGAGGCGAUCACAGUGCUGCUUUCCUGGAUUGAACGAGGGGAGGUGAAUCGGCGUUCCGCAAACCAGUUCUAUUCCAUGGUGCAGUCGGCCAACAGCCACGUCCGCCGGCUCAUGAAUGAAAAAGCCACACAUGAGCAGGAGAUGGAGGAAGCCAAGGAGAAUUUCAAAAAUGCCUUAACUGGGAUUCUCACUCAAUUUGAGCAGAUUGUGGCCGUUUUCAACGCUUCUACCAGACAAAAAGCUUGGGACCAUUUCUCGAAAGCCCAGCGCAAGAACAUAGACAUUUGGCGAAAGCAUUCUGAGGAGCUCCGGAAUGCCCAAAGUGAGCAGCUCAUGGGCAUCCGCCGCGAAGAAGAAAUGGAAAUGUCUGACGAUGAGAAUUGUGACAGCCCUACCAAAAAAAUGAGAGUCGAUGAAUCAGCUCUGGCUGCUCAGGCCUACGCUCUGAAAGAGGAGAAUGACAGUCUCCGCUGGCAGCUGGAUGCCUACAGGAAUGAGGUGGAGCUGCUGAAACAAGAAAAAGAACAGCUUUUCCGAACAGAAGAGAACCUCACCAAGGACCAGCAAUUGCAGUUCCUGCAGCAAACCAUGCAAGGCAUGCAGCAGCAAUUGCUAACUAUCCAAGAGGAGUUAAACAACAAAAAGUCAGAACUGGAACAAGCGAAGGAAGAGCAGUCCCAUACGCAAGCAUUAUUAAAAGUCCUGCAGGAACAAUUAAAAGGUACCAAGGAAUUGGUCGAGACCAAUGGCCACAGCCAUGAGGAUUCAAAUGAAAUCAAUGUGUUGACAGUUGCAUUAGUCAACCAAGACCGAGAGAAUAAUAUUGAGAAAAGAAGCCAAGGCUUAAAAUCAGAGAAAGAAGCUCUGCUAAUAGGUAUCAUAUCAACGUUUCUUCACGUCCAUCCUUUUGGAGCCAACAUAGAAUAUCUUUGGUCAUACAUGCAGCAGCUGGACUCCAAGAUAUCUGCAAAUGAAAUAGAAAUGCUUUUGAUGAGGCUGCCACGCAUGUUCAAACAGGAAUUCACGGGUGUGGGAGCCACGCUGGAAAAAAGAUGGAAGUUGUGUGCCUUUGAAGGAAUUAAAACUACCUAACUGUGAAGACCUAAACAUCUCUGGAAGUGAAACCAUGUGAACCUGGCCAGGGCUGUGCGAUGGGGGAGCAGGAGGUGUGGGGUUGGUCCAGCACGCAACCUUUGUGGAGCCGUCGAAGCCUGCCUUUAGUUAUAUGUGUGGCGUUCUCUUGUGAGUGGAAAUGUAAUUGUGUACCAGUUCCUUAAAAUAAACAAAGCUUCAUACUGUGACAGAUCUGUUUCCUAUGAAAACCAAACAAUGAUUCCACAGUCAUAAUGAUGGCAAAAUCUUAAAAUAUGCUACAUUUGAGAAUAGCUCACCAAGCAAAAUAUUUAAAGUUAAUGAUGGUGUAGCGAUGAUUGUUGCUAGGCUACAGAGUUGUAUAUGUAAUGUAUAGCUGAAAUCAUUAAAUGACAUUUUCCUGAAAGUCUUUCUGUUUUAGUUAAAAAAAAAAAAAAAGAAAGAAAAAGAAAAGAAAAAAGAAAAAAUAAUUUUACAGUGAUGGAAAAUCAUACCAAAAGAAAACUUGAAUAUGUGUCUAAACAGUUAUUGUAUUUUGUAAAUUAAGUUAUAUGCUGUUCCAGGGACUUUUGCCUUAUUGAAAAGGCAGAAAAUAUGAUUGGACACAUUGAGAAUGCUUUAUCAAGAAUAUUAUUUUUCUAAUGUAACAAUUCUCCAUCAUAAGUUCUUUUAACAGGGACUGCGUAACAAUUUUCAUAAAGUGUAAAUAAAGGAGAAACUAGUGUUAUUGUCUUGUACUUGGUAUGUAGCAUUCAGGUUUAUGCAUCAAAAUAAACAUUCAGUAAAUAUUCCUGUUACAAAUUUUAUAGCAAAGAUGUUAAUUUUUUUCAAUAAAUAUGACUUCUACCA